CUCUGGACAAAGGUUCUUGUUCCACCUGGAGCACUGGCCACUUCUCAACCUUUGAUCAUUACCUGUAUGAUUUCUCCGGGACUUGUAAUUAUGUCUUUGCUACCGUCUGUGAUGAAACCUCUCCAGACUUCAACAUACAGUUCCGUCGUGGUCUGAACAAAACAAUUGAAAGAAUUAUCAUUCAAGCGGGCCCGAACACUAUUACCGUUGACAAAAGUGGCAUAUCAGUCAAGGAUUAUGGUAAAAUCCAAAUGCCGUAUACUAGUAAUGGAAUUCAGAUUGCACCAUUUGGGCAUAAUACCCGUUUAAUAUCCAAGCGGAAGGAAAUGGAACUUGCUGUUUUCUGGAACAACGUUGACUAUCUCAUGGUUUUAAUUGAACAGAAAUAUAGGGGAAGGACAUGUGGACUGUGUGGAAAUUUUGAUGGGCAAGAGUUGAAUGAGUUUCUGAGUGACGGUAUUCUUCUGGACCCAUAUAAAUAUGCAAGUUUACAUAAAAUUGAUGAUCCUGCAGAGAUCUGUCCUUUUGAAGGGAUGACGACUCCUACCAUUCCUCAAAAUAAAGAUGCCGCACUUUGCUUCCAACUGUUACGCCUCGUGUCACCGUCUUGCAAUAUUUCCAAAAAAGAGUUUGUUAUCCGUUGCCAACUGGAUAUGCAAGACUGCAGCAAUCCAGGACACUCCAAUUGUAGUUGUGCUACUCUUUCAGAAUACUCACGGCAGUGUUCCAUGUCUCAUCAAGAGGUGACCAACUGGAGGACCAAAGAUUUCUGCUCUCUGGGAAGAUGUCCAGGUAAUCAACAGUAUAAAGAAUGUGGUUCUCCAUGUCUCAAGACUUGUUCUAAUCCUGAAUACAGUUGUUCCAGCUACUGUACAUAUGGGUGCUUCUGUCCAGAAGGCACAGUUUUGAAUGACAUUUCCCAAAACCAAAUAUGUAUUCCUAUUGAAGAGUGUCCAUGCACAUGGAAGGGGGAGAUAUUUGCUCCUGGUCAUGUCAUUAAAGCAACUUGUAGAACAUGUAAAUGUACAAUGGGCCAAUGGACCUGUACAGAACAACCAUGUCCUGGCACGUGUUCUUUGGAAGGCGGUUCCUUUGUCACCACUUUCGACUCUAAACCAUACAGGUUUCAUGGUGUCUGCACUUAUAUCCUUUUGAAGAGCUCCAUGUUACCACACAAUGGAACUUUAAUGGCUGUUUAUGAAAAGUCUGGCUUUUCCAGUUCAGAGACAUCCUUGGCAGCUAUCAUUUAUAUCUCAGAAAAAGAAAAAAUUAUGAUUUCCAAGAAUGAAGUGUUUGAUGAUGAGAAUGAACUUAAGUGGUUACCUUACACAACAGGGGACAUCACCAUCUUCAGACAAUCAUCAACUCACAUCCAGAUGUACACGCCUUAUGGGCUGGAGAUAUUAAUUCAAACUGGUGCAAUAUUUCAAACUUACAUUAAAGUUGGACGCCAUUUUAGAGGCACAACCCAAGGGCUAUGUGGUAACUACAAUGGAGAAACCACAGAUGAUUUCAUGACCAGUAUGGAUAUUACUGAAGGAACUGCUCCUCUUUUUGUGGAUUCUUGGAGAUCUGGGUACUGUCCAUCUGCUGUUGAAAGAGAUACAGAUCCUUGUUCUAUGAGUCAGCUGAACAAAAUAUGUGCAGAGACCUACUGUUCUGUUUUAAAAAUGAAUACACUAUUUCAGAAAUGUCAUUCUGUGGUGAAUCCUGAUCCAUUUAUCAAGAGAUGUCAAUAUCAAGCAUGUAACUAUGAGGAGACCUUUCCAUAUAUUUGUUCUGCUCUGGGUUCCUAUGCCCGUGAAUGUGCUUUAAAGGGAAUAUUUCUUUGGAACUGGCGCAAUACAGUUGACAACUGCACUGUAUCUUGUACUGGAAAUCAGACAUUCAGCUACAAUGCAGAAGCUUGCGACCGGACAUGCCUGUCCCUCUCCAGCAGAGAAAUUGAAUGUCAUCCCACCGAUGUGCCUAUUGAUGGCUGCAAUUGCCCAAAAGGAACCUACCUGAACCACAAAGAUGAGUGUGUCCAGAAAUCUCAGUGUCCCUGCUACUUGAAAGGCAGAAAGAUCAUUCUGGCAGAGCAAUACACCGUCAUCGAUGGAGCUACGUGCUACUGCAUUAAUGGAAAUCUGACUUGUAUCGGCAAAUCAAUGAAUCUGUUAGAAAACUGCAGCCCCCCAAAAAAGUACAUUUCAUGUUCAGCCUCCAAAGGAAGCAAAGAUGGAGUUGCUUGUGCACCAACAUGUCAAAUGCUGGCCACUGGAACAGGCUGUAUUCCUACCAAAUGUGAAUCUGGAUGUGUUUGUGAAUCUGGACUAUAUGAAAAGCUAGAUGGUACAUGUGUGUCACCUGAGGAGUGUCCGUGCGAAUAUGGUGGCAUUUCAUAUGAAAAAGGAGAAGAAAUUAACACGGAGUGUAAUACAUGUACCUGCACAAGAGGAAAAUGGAAGUGCAUUCAGAAUUCCAUGUGCUCUUCAACAUGUAGUCUCUACGGGGAAGGUCAUGUCACCUCCUUUGAUGGACAGCACUUUGCAUUUGAUGGCAACUGUGAAUACAUAUUAGCUAUGGAUGGCUGUGACAUGGCUAAAUCUCCACAUACUUUUAAAAUAGUGACUGAAAAUGUUGUCUGUGGAAAUACUGGGGUCACGUGUUCCAGAGCAAUCAAGGUCUAUCUUGGGAAUCUGACAAUCGUCAUGGCAGAUAAAACAUAUACUAUUUAUGGUAGCAAUCCUCUGAUACAUUUCUUCAUAGAAGAGAAUACGCUCCACUUGAUUAUUCAGAUCACCAUCCCUGGCAAAUACAAUAUGACCUUGAUCUGGAACAGGCACAUGAAUCUAUUCAUCAAGCUUUUCAGAGAAACAAAGAAUCAUCUUUGUGGCUUAUGCGGUAACUACAAUGGUAAUGUGAAAGAUGAUUUCGAAACACGGAGUAAAUACCUAGCAUCCAACGAAUUUGUGUUUGUGAAUUCCUGGAAAGAUAAUCCUCUCUGUGGAGAUGUGUCCUUUGCAGCUGAUCCCUGUACCAAGAACCCCUAUCGCAAAGCGUGGGCAGAGAAACAAUGCUCUAUUAUCAACAGUCCAGUAUUUGCCCCCUGUCACAAUAAGGUGUAUCGGAUGUCUUACUAUGAAUCUUGUGUCCGGGACUCAUGUGGCUGUGACAAUGGAGGAGAUUGUGAAUGUAUGUGCGAUACCAUUGCCGUCUAUGCAAAAGCUUGCUUAGACGCUGGUGUCUGCAUUGACUGGAGAACCCCUGACUUCUGCCCUGUAUACUGUGACUACUUCAACAGCCAUAAGAAGAUUGGCAUGGAUUAUAGUUAUGUCAAUGAAGUAAAUUGCAGUUGGCAUUAUCGCCCCUGUAAAUGUCAAAAUAUGUUACCAGUAACAGAAGUCAAUGUUGAAGGUAAAAUAAGACUGUUUGCCUUUUUCAGGGUACAAGCUGUAUUAGCCAAGUGUGUAGCAAUGGUAUCCCAUAAAUGAUGGUCCCUGAAAACU